UUCUUGGCUCUCCCGUCUUCCGGAGAUACAACAACACGCAUGCCACGCGCAUUUGGGUCCGCGUUGGUGAUGCCAUGCCCCGCAACCACAGCGGAGACGAGGCCGGCUCCGGCCUCUGGAUGAACACCUCUCCAGGGCACCACGCCGAAAGUUACGGAUUGCAUAAUGUGGAAUGUGAUAAUAGAAUGAAGAACAAUUGUUCGCGGCCGGGGGACGGCCUGUUGUCCGCAUCUCAUGCCGGCACAGGUGCAUCGGGCACGGAGAGAGACCGCGGGAAGCAGGGCGCUCGGCUGAGUCUGCUCGGGAAGCCGCUGGUGUACGGCACGCAAAGCGGCAGGAGAAACGCGCGCUACCGGAGGAUUCAGAACUACCUGUACAACGUGCUGGAGAGACCAAGAUCAUGGGCUUUUAUCUACCACGCGUUCGUGUUUGUGCUGGUGUUUGGCUGCUUGGUUCUGUCUGUCUUCUCUACCAUUCCAGAUCACCAGGAAAUGGCCUCUCAGAGUCUUCUGAUUUUGGAGUUUGUUAUGAUCGUUGUGUUUGGGUUGGAGUACAUCAUUCGCAUCUGGUCUGCUGGUUGUUGUUGCCGGUACAGAGGAUGGCAGGGACGUCUUCGCUUUGCAAGGAAGCCAUUCUGUGUCAUAGACAUAAUAGUGCUGAUUGCCUCAGUUGCUGUGGUUUCGGCGGGGAGUCAAAGCAACAUUUUUGCAACGUCUGCUCUGCGAAGCUUAAGAUUUCUACAAAUCCUGCGAAUGGUACGCAUGGACCGCCGCGGAGGAACUUGGAAGCUUCUGGGAUCUGUAGUUUAUGCACACAGCAAGGAACUGGUCACUGCCUGGUAUAUUGGGUUCCUUGUGCUCAUCUUUUCCUCUUUCCUGGUUUAUCUGGUGGAAAAGGAAUUCAAUAAAGACUUUGCCACCUAUGCUGAUGCAUUAUGGUGGGGCACGAUCACUCUAACCACUAUUGGAUAUGGGGAUAAGACUCCUAAAACCUGGACCGGACGAAUGCUGUCUGCUGGCUUCGCUUUGCUCGGCAUCUCCUUUUUCACACUGCCUGCGGGUAUUUUGGGUUCAGGUUUUGCCUUGAAGGUUCAAGAGCAGCACAGACAGAAGCACUUCGAGAAGAGAAGGAACCCUGCUGCCUGCCUCAUACAGUGUGUGUGGCGUAGCUAUGCGGCUGAUGAGAACUCGGUUUCCGUUGCUACCUGGAAACCUCAUUUGAAGGCGUUGCAUACCUGCAGUCCUACAAAGAAGGAUCAGGGAGAGUCAGCAACAAGUCAGAAACUGAGUUUUAAAGACCGGGUAAGAAUGGCAAGUCCACGUGGACAGAGCAUUAAAAGCAGGCAGACGUCUGUUACGGACAGGCGCUCGCCUGGAGCUGAAAUCAGCACUGAUGGAUCGAGUCCUGCCAAGGUCCAGAAGAGUUGGAGUUUUAAUGACCGCACCCGAUUCAGGCCCUCCCUCCGUCUCAAGAGCCAAUCACGGUCCACGCCCGAAGGUGAGGCUAACGUUACUGUGGAUGAGGCUUUUGAUGAGAAAGGAUGUCAUUGUGACAUGUCGGUGGAGGAUCUGCCGUCUGCGCUGAAGACCGUCAUCAGAGCAGUGAGGAUCAUGAAAUUCCAUGUGGCAAAGAAGAAGUUUAAGGAAACUCUGCGCCCAUAUGAUGUGAAGGAUGUAAUAGAGCAAUAUUCAGCUGGUCAUCUGGACAUGCUCUGCCGAAUUAAGAGUCUGCAAACCAGGGUUGAUCAGAUUCUUGGUAGGGGCCAGAUGCCUGUGGAUAAGAAGGUCAGAGAAAAGCUGUUAUCUGACGGAGACAUUCUGGAAGAUGUGAGCAUGCUGGGAAGGGUGUGCAAGGUUGAAAGACAGGUUCAAUCUAUUGAGUCUAAGCUGGACUCGUUGCUGGACAUCUACCGGCAGGUUCUGCAGAAGGGUUCUUCCACAGCCCUCACGUUUUCCUCUCUUCCUCCUUUUGGUUUGGAGGAGAAUUCAGAUUAUCAGAGCACCGUCCUUAGUAAGGAUCUCUCUUGUGCGUCGCAGGUCAGCCAGUCCAUCUGUGGCAAUCACCCUAGGGCCCUCCAGCUAAUAUUAGCCCCCAAUGAACUCAUGAACCUCAACCAGAACAACUCCACAACAUCUUCCCCAGGACUCAACCCAGCGUCCGCCUCCCCUUUUAACCUGUCGACCUUCCAGGUUCCUUCAACUCCAUCACUGGAGUGUCCGUCAGCACAAGGCAGUCCAUCUCAGAUCCUAAACGCCAACAGUUUUCACUGCUCUAUAGGCCACUUUCCAAGCGUGGGUCAACCACCUCCACCUCUCUCAUCCACAACCACUUCAAAAUAUCAACUUUCCACAGUUCCUUCACAAGCAGGCCAUGCUCGCAGUAUGGGACCCACUAGGUCGGAUCCCGCAGACUACGCCAAGUCUUGCUUCAGAGGAGUUGGGAUAGACCUUGGACUCAACUCUAGUAUGAUCUGCAAGCUUCAGCAGAAAAACAGACCCAGUGCUAAAGAGGACAGUUCUUGGAGAAGACAUAUAAGUCUGGAUUCAGAGGUGGAGAUGGACCCCCUUGCUCCAGUCUCACCUCUUGCCCCAGUUCAAGGCCAGUGCAGUGGGGACAGAGGACUGGGGAAGUCCCUAUCAGUGCAGGAUCUCAUUCAACCCGCUUUGGAGGGUGUGGGUGUGGACACGCAUUCUAGCCAGGCUAGUUUCUCCACCAGCAUCAGCAGCAGCCAGGACUCUUCAGCGGGUGGUAUUGAGAUGGGCGCAGGGGGCUGGGGAGAAGCUGAUCUCUUUAUCAGCGAUAGAGACUUGGAUACAUCAACAAAGGCACAUAAUCAAGGGUUUGACUUUCUCUCCCAGGCCCCCAUUGAUGCGUCUUACUCUUCCGAGCUGCUUAGGACAAGCACUGCAGCUGGUGCUAGUCACAGCCUAGCAAGUGGACAUACAUCCAACACAGGCAGCAAUGAGACUAUUAAUAUGCCACAUGUUCGGCUAAAAUAACACUCUCUUAAUGAGUUGUACACUCUAAGAAUCUGCCUCUGAUGGAAUGAAUCUUUGAUAUGAAAGCUUAUUUUAUUUUAGAGUUUUUUGUAUUUUUAUGAGGGGAACGUCAAUUUAGAUCAUUUUUUAUACAUAUUAGUUUGAUUUAUUUAAGAAAACUGUUUGAAUUACAAAUUCGAUUUCAUAAUGGUCAGCAUACAUAUCAUUGCAUGCAUUGUUCUUUUUCAGAUGUACUGUAAAAUUAAAAAUCAAAUAGAAUGUGGUAGAUUCAUAAACUGCUGAAAUGAUCCAAUUCAGAGAUGGCAUGAACUAUUCACUGGGCUGCAUGAACACUGCAUGUCUUGAGAUACAUUACUCCAAUGUCAUUACAAGAGCCUUGUCAACCUGAAAUUCACAACUGGAUAGAAAAAAAAGGGUCAGAACGUAAGAGAGUAGACAUAUUUUGCACUUUCUGAAUCGAAUCAUGAUGUAUUAAAAGGUUACUUACCUUAUGUAAAAUAAAAAAGUGCCAGACACAAUGAAGGAAACCGAUGCUGCUGAUAACUGUACAGUUUUGAUAAAGCAGAUUAAAUGAGAGGAGAGGAGCACCUCAUAGUUUCUGUACUACAUUACUUGCUGUAUUUUUUUACUUUCUCGUUUUUAGUUCUGAUCACAUAAUUUCAGCUUUUAGAAUCUUACCGUUUAGUUUUGUGAAUAUACAUUAUUAAUUAACAAUAAAAACACAAUUAUUAAUUGUA